GCAGCCGAAUCUCUCUAACUCUUUUAUUCCCAACUCGGACUUCUCCUCCUCUUCCCUGCAAAAAGACAAGCUGUAACCCCUAACAGAACUUUAUACUAUAAACUUGCAAAACAUUAUAAUCCAGAAAAAUAUUCCCAUUAAUUGAAUGAUUAGAAUAUUAUAGAAGUAUUACAAAAACGUGUCAUCGUCAUAUAUAAAGGGGUGGCCUGCCUUUUGAUCCAAAAAAAGUUGAAGCCCAUAACUCCACCUUUCUUUUCACACUCGCAAAAACUUUGAGACCCCCAUGGACGUGGAGUCUGGGACACCACAGCCACCUCUUCCACCGCCGCCGUCGAGCGGCAGACCAUCUCCGUUGACCCGUCUCAAUGAUUACGUGGCAGAAAGCCGAGUGGGCAAGCGUUUCAAGCUGAAGGAACGUAACACCAACUUCACCACUGAGCUUCGUGCUGGUACCACCACGUUCCUUACCAUGGCGUAUAUCUUAGCCGUUAACGCUUCUAUUCUCUCUGAUUCCGGCGGUACUUGUUCUGUUUCUGACUGUAUUCCGUUAUGUUCCGAUCCCACUGUCCAGCCGAUUAACUGCACUGGUAAUCCUAAUCUCCGACUCAUAACUCCUGAUGCUUCCUGUAAAUUUGAACCCGUUAACCCGGGUUAUUCCGCCUGCCUUGAUAGAACCCGGAAAGAUUUGAUUGUAGCAACUGUGGCUUCUUCUCUCAUGGGGUGUCUAAUUAUGGGAGUAUUUGCGAAUUUGCCGUUAGCGUUAGCUCCUGGAAUGGGCAUUAAUGCUUACUUCGCGUACACGGUUGUUGGGUUUCAUGGUUCUGGAAAUGUUUCCUAUCAAAGCGCAUUAGCCGCAGUUUUCAUCGAAGGAAUUUUAUUUAUACUCAUUUCAGCUAUCGGUUUACGGGCAAAGUUAGCUAAACUGAUUCCUAAACCAGUCCGAAUCUCCUCCGGCGCCGGUAUUGGGCUUUUCCUCGCUUUCAUUGGGCUACAGAACAACCAGGGUAUUGGACUCGUUGGAUACAGCCCAUCAACACUCGUCACACUUGCAGGCUGCCCGCGGUCAUCUCGGGCAGGAGUAGCUCCGGUAAUGGCCGCCGUAAACGGCACCAUGACACUCAUCCCUGGGGGCUCCGUUUCCGGUGAUAUAUUAUGUUUGCAUGAUCGCAUGGAGAGUCCAACGCUUUGGCUCGGUAUAGUUGGAUUUGUCAUAAUAUCUUAUUGUUUGUCUAAAAACAUUAAAGGUGCGAUGAUUUAUGGCAUCAUCUUUGUCACAGCGAUUUCGUGGUUCAGAAACACAAAAGUCACCGCUUUUCCAAAUACUCCGGCGGGUAAUUCCGCGUACGAGUAUUUCAAACAAGUCGUUGAUGUUCACAAAAUUGAGAGCACAGCUGGGGCUUUGAGUUUUAAAGGCAUAGGUAAAGGUCAUUUCUGGGAAGCUUUGAUAACUUUCUUAUAUGUAGAUAUAUUGUCUACUACCGGAACUCUGUAUUCAAUGGCGCACUUCGCCGGUUUCGCCGACGAAAACGGGAAUUUCGAGGGACAAUAUUUUGCCUUCUUAUCGGACGCAUCAUCCAUCGUUAUAGGAUCACUAUUAGGGACGUCACCGGUAACGACGUUUAUCGAAUCGUCAACGGGUAUAAAGGAAGGGGGUAGGACAGGGGUGACGGCGUUAACGGCGGCGGGAUAUUUUUUUCUGGCUUUUUUCUUCACGCCGUUAUUAGCGUCGAUACCGGCGUGGGCCGUUGGGCCGCCGUUAAUAGUAGUGGGAGUGAUGAUGAUGAAGUCUGUGGUAGAAGUGGAGUGGGAUGACAUGAGGCAAGCAAUACCGGCGUUUGUGACGUUGAUUUUGACGCCGUUAACUUAUUCAAUUGCGUAUGGUUUGAUCGGCGGAAUUGGGACUUACGUUGUUUUAAAUUUGGGGGAUUGGUGUGUGGGGUUGUUGAGGAAAAUUGGGAUAAUUAAGGGGUCGAGAAGUAAUAUCGCUGUUUUGGAUAAUAAUGGGGUUAAAGAGAUUAGAAAUAUUUAAUUGUGUAAAGCAUAUUUGAGUUGAUUGAUUAGAGAUGA